AUGGCACAAACGGGCAUGCACAACCUUCAGACCCUUAUUAAAAGGCUCGAAGCUGCCACCAGCCGACUCGAGGAUAUAGCAUCCACCUCGGUCGGUCCCGAUUCCGACGCCCCCAAUGGAGCGUCCGCACAUCCAUCUGCCACAGCCGGCGCUGCGACGAGCGCCGCACCCCAAGCGAAAGCUGCCGAGAGCUUGCCCCCCUCGGUCGAGGCUUUCGAUGCCAUCAUCAACACCGACCUGAAGCCGUGGCUGGAACUGAGCAGCAAGUUGGGCAAUGUUAUCGACGGACAGGCCAAAGCUGUGCAGCAAGCCUUCACCGCACAGAGAGACUUCCUCUUCAUUGCAGCCAAGGCGAAGAAGCCGGAUAUCUCCACGCAUACAGAGAUUCUGAAGCACCUGCAGGCCGCCAUAGGAGAGGUCGACGAGAUCCGUUCGGGCAACAGAGACCGCGCGCUGCAGAACCCAUUGACCAUGGUUGCGGACAGCGCCUGGGCUUUGGGCUGGGUGACCGUCGAAGGAAGCCCCAAGCCGCACGAGUAUCUCAACGAGCUUUUCGGUGGUGCUCAGAUGGCUGGAAACAAGGUUCUCACCGAGCACAAGGAUAGCGAGGACAAGACGUACGUUGAAUGGGUUCGCGCAUAUUACAAACUGUUCAAGUCGCUCUCCGAAUACGUGAAGAAGUUCCACACUUCCGGUGUCGCUUGGAAUAAGGACGGCAUCGACGCGAAGGAAGCCGCCCAGCAAAUCAAGAGUGGCUCAACUGCUUCCGCCUCCAACAUCCCUCCGCCGCCUCCACCUCCUCCGGCUGGCGGUAUUCCUCCACCUCCAGGUCCUCCCCCGCCACCAGGCCCUCCUCCACCAGGUGGUCUGCCUCCGCCGCCGUCUAAGAAGGCGGCGCCGGAUAUGGGAGCCGUGUUUGAUGAUUUGAACAGGGGCGAAUCAGUCACGAAGGGCCUUAAGAAGGUGGACCCCAGCCAAAUGACUCACAAGAACCCUUCACUGCGAGCCAGCGCGCCCGUGCCGACACGCAGCGACAGCAACGGGUCGCUAAGGAGUAAGAGUCCAGCGCCUCCGGGCAAGAAGCCCAAGCCCGAAUCAAUGCGGACUAAGAAGCCGCCGAAGAAGGAGCUUGACGGCAACAGGUGGAUCAUAGAACACUUCGACAGCCCAACUGACAUGAUUGAGAUUGACGCUGAGAUCAAUCAAACCAUCCUCAUCUCACGAUGCAAGAACACCACCAUCCGCAUCAAUAACAAAGCGAACGCCAUCUCCAUCGAUAACUCUGAGAAGACUUCUAUCGUCAUCGACUCUCUGGUCAGCUCAGUCGACGUCAUCAAGUGUCCCAAGUUUGCCCUCCAGGUCGUCGGUACUCUCCCAACGCUGCUCCUCGACCAAGUUGACGGUGCUACCGUAUAUCUCAGUGAGGACUCUCAAAACACUGAGAUUCUUUCCAGCAAAUCCUCAAAUGUCAACAUUAACCUGCCCGUAGAAGAUGACCACGUCGAGCACGCGGUUCCGGAGCAAAUCCGGACAUACAUCAAGGAUGGCAAGCUGAUGAGCGAGAUCGUGGAGCACGCUGGAUAG